AUGGUCCCCCUUCCCCUCUUCAAGUUCGCGGCUCUCUUCGUAAGGCACAUCUCGAAAUAUGGCGCGAAUUACAUCAAAGCCCAGGCCCACGAUCAUCCCAAAUUCCGCACGUACGCGGCACGAUACGGACAGGGCAUCCACCAGCUUAAUAUGCGGCUGACAGUGACCCUGCUCAGAGACAAAGCGGCGGAGAAACUGGCCAAGGAGAGAGCGGAGGCACCUACAGUGAAGACGGAAGAGCAGAUGCGGCAUGAUGAAGCACAGAAGGAGAAGAAUGCUGCCAGGGAAAAGGCUUCACAUCAGGAGGCUUCGAAGAGCAUAUGGAGGAGGAGGUUCCGCCCAUUACCGGAAGCCAAGGCUGUGGAUCUCUUUGCGGAUGUCAUUGGAGACUCAUUCAUCCUGCUUGUUGCAGGGGGACUUAUCAUAUACGAGUACGUCAGGGCAAAGGGGAAACCAGAUGCCAACGCGGAGAAGAUUGCAGAACUGAACAGGAAGCUGGAGGAGUUAGACUUCCGGGAGAGAAGGCUUGAGGAGGUAGAGAAGGAGCAAGAGGCUCGUGUUGAGACUCUCGAACAAGCAAUUGAGGUGAUGAGACAGGCAAGCUCUAAAAAGAAGUCUUUGCUUCCCCACACCAGCAAAUAG